CACCCAUUUCAGUUUUUUUUAUUGUGUACAUUUGGGGUUAAAUAUCAAUCUCUUUAGUCUUUGCUAUGUUCUCAUUCUUUCAAAACAAUUUUUAUACAUUGAGAUUCAAUUUCUCUUUUGUCCUAUUUCCAGACAUUUUCUCUCAUUUCUCUUUUCUUUUCUCACCAUGUCAUCUAUCAUAGUAUGUCUCACUUCUCUCUCUCUCUUCAAACUCUUGAAGGUGGAGUUGUAAUUUUGAGUGUGUAUAAAACUUGAUUGUUCUCAAAAGUCACAGCAACCCAUUGGAAUUCUCGCUAAUCCUCAAUCUCAGCGCUCUCUCACUUCCCAUUUUUUCUUGCUUCACCUCUCCACACAGCACCAAACUGACUAGCCACUCUGUUCUCAAUGGACAUUCUCAAUCAAGCCUUCAACUUCAAGAUCCUCUGCACUACUCUGUUCUUGCUCUGCCUCCUAUCUUACUCUGUUUCUUCUUCUUCAUCUUCAUCUCCUUCUUCUUCUUCUUCUUCCUCUUCUUCUUCUUCUUCUUCUUCUUCACUUUCUUCCAACCAAGAUAUUCAACCCCAGAACCAAAACAUAAACCCUUCUUCAACCAUCGCUGCAACUGCAACCCAUUACCACCAAGUGUUCUACCUCAAGAACACCGACCCUGCCAUGUUCACGAGAAGACAAGAACGCCUCAAGAAGAGGAUGAGAAGAAUGAACAGAAACAAGAACAUGAAGCAGAGGAGGAAGAUGAUGAUCAAGAACCAGCAAUCUCGAGUUUUCUCUGUUAUGCUCCCAAAGGGUUUUGUCCCUCCGUCUGGUUCCUCACCUUGCCACAAUGAUCAACCCGAUUCCGUGUCCUUCCACUGCCAUCUCACAGAUACAUCAACAAAACCAUGAGGAAUUGAUGAAGGUUCAACAACCCCACAUUGUGGUCGGUUCUUCACUAUAUUUAUACAGAUACAUCAUACACGCAAGCAAUUGAGACUACAUUGCUUUUGAGUUUUGAUCUUUCUUGCAUUAAUUGUUCACUUUCUUUUUCCUUACUUCCUGUUGAUGUUGUAAUAGAUGACAAUAAGAGUGAAUGUAGAGAUCAACAAAAAUGUAUACUUAAAUAAAUCAGUGAAGAUUUUGAUUCUGCAUGCAUCUGCAGAAUGUGUUUCUUUCUAAUUGUUCUUGGUCAUAAUG